UGUCUGCUUCUGUAAAGAUUUACAGCCUUGGAAACCUUAUGGAGACAGCUCUACUCUGUUGUAUAGGGUUGCUAUAGGGUCGCUGCUAUGAGUUGAAAUCAACUUGACAGCAGCAGAUUAUAUAGCACUUAGAAACUCGCAACCUGAAAUUAUUUAUUUGAUUUACUUGUUUAUUAUCUAAUUGACUGUUCCUGGUACAUGUUGUGGUUUUUAUUUAGUUUUUAAUGCUACUCUUAAAAAAAAACCUUAGUGUAUGCUUCUUCUAUCUUCUUAACAUUUAGCUUACCAGAGCUUUUCCUUUUAAAAGUUGUCUAACACCUAACAUUUAUAACUUGAUUUUAGAAAUUCCUAUACUUUAAAGUUUGUUGAAUUUAUCAUUUUCCCUGAUUUCUUUAAAAAUGCCUUCCUUAAGUCUUAGCUGUAUAUGACCGUGUCCUGCUUUUUCUCUUAGGUAUAUAUUUCAGUAUGACCUUGUGUGAUUAAAAUUACUAAGCAGUUCCUCUUUACUGAGCAGAAUUAAACCAAAAGUAACAGUUCCCUUUUUUAAGUCUCCUAUUUCUUGCAUCACCUAUUCCAGGAACUUGAGUUGCUCUGAAAAAGUUGGGAACACUCUUUCUGUUCAGGCUGGUAGAGUAUGUUUUUUACAACAUUCAGGCAUGAGCAUUUAAUGUGCCCUAGUUUUUUUUUUAGUUAAAGGAAGGUCUUAGGAAAUCCUAAUUUUCUCAGAACGAACUUGGCAAGAAAUUAAAAUUUCAACAUUUCCUUCCACUUACAGCUUAGGCCUUCUACCUUUCCAGCUGUCUCACACACAUACAUACACAAACACACAUAUCUUUGAACUCUUACCCUCUAUAUAUUUUAGCUAAACCACUUUGUAUUUAAUCUUCUGCCUAUAUGUAAUAAUCCUCAACUCCACAUGUAUAUUCUCACACAUAAAGUCAAACCCACAUUUUUUUUUUUAAUUUUCAAAUAGGAGAGAAAAAAGAUGACAGACCAAAAGGGAGGAGGAGGAGGAUGAAAUGAAACAGAGCCUAAUCUGAGUGGACAGUGCUUCUGGCCCACAGACAGCAGGACUUGCUCCUUAAAGGCUUACCCCUUCAUGAAAAUGGGGGGAGCCAUUCAGCUACUCUUUUUCAUUUCACCCUCUUUGUAAUGGUGUUCAUUUCUGUAAAAGCUAUGCAGGGCUGGAGGAUCAGUCUGUAAGGUUUUUUCCUCUGUGUGACUCAACAACUCUGGCAUGUUUAGCAUCACUCAAUCACUCAUUUAAAUAAGAAUGAACACGAGUUAGAACAAAGUAAGGGGAGAAAAAGAAAUAGGAAAAUGAGUGAAUGAAUAUAUCAAAUUUCCUUCAUUCCGAGUUCUUCUUUCUAGAAGGUCUAUUUGUGGACUGCUUCCCAUGACCAUAAAAUCCUGAACAUUUGCUGUGAACAUGAGUACUCGAAUAGAAGACUCACAAGACCGGGCCAUCGUCAAAAUAGCAGCUCAUUUACCGGACCUCAUUGUCUAUGGAGAUUUCUCUCCAGAGCGACCUUCUGUGAAAUAUUUCGAUGGAGUCUUGAUGUUUGUUGAUAUUUCAGGUUUUACUGCAAUGACUGAGAAGUUCAGCAGGGCCAUGUAUAUGGACCGAGGGGCUGAGCAGUUGGUGGAGAUCCUCAAUCACUACAUAAGCGCAAUAGUAGAGAAAGUGUUAAUUUUUGGAGGAGACAUCCUAAAAUUUGCAGGUGACGCGCUGCUAGCCCUUUGGAAGGUGGAACGAAAGCAACUGAAAAACAUUAUCACAGUGGUCAUUAAAUGUAGCCUGGAGAUCCACGGAUUGUUUGAGACCCAGGAGUCUGAAGAAGGCCUAGAUAUCCGGGUCAAGAUAGGACUGUCUGCUGGCCACAUCAGCAUUUUGGUCUUUGGGGAUGAAACACGCAACUACUUUCUGGUGAUUGGUCAGGCCGUGGAUGACGUCCGCUUUGCGCAGAACAUGGCGCAGAUGAACGAUGUCAUUCUGUCGCCAAACUGCUGGCAGCUCUGUGACAGAAACAUGGUUGAAAUCGAGAGGAUUCCAGACCAGAGAGCAGUUAAGGUUAACUUCUUAAAACCACCCCCUACUUUUAAUUUUGAUGAAUUUUUCGCCAAGUGUAUGCACUUCAUGGAUUAUUAUCCUUCUGGUGAUAACAAAAAUGUCCUGAGGCUUGCGUGCAUGCUGGAGUCUGAUCCUGAACUGGAGCUGUCUCUACAAAAGUAUGUAAUGGAGAGCAUUUUGAAGCAGAUUGAUGACAAACAGCUUCGGGGUUAUUUGUCUGAGCUUCGCCCAGUGACAAUUGUGUUCGUGAACCUGAUGUUCAGGGACCAUGACAAACCAGAAGACAUAGGCCAGGCCAUCCAGGAUGCUUGUGUGCACAUCACUUCUGUCUUGAGGGUAUUCCGAGGCCAAAUCAAUAAAGUCUUCAUGUUUGACAAGGGUUGCUCCUUCCUCUGUGUCUUUGGUUUCCCUGGGGAAAAGGCACCUGACGAGGUCACUCAUGCUUUGGAAAGUGCUGUGGAUAUCUUUGACUUCUGCUCUCAGGUGCACAGAAUUCAGAGUGUAUCCAUCGGGGUUGCCAGCGGGAUUGUCUUCUGUGGAAUUGUUGGACACUCUGUGAGACACGAGUACACAGUCAUUGGUCAAAAGGUCAACAUAGCGGCCAGAAUGAUGAUGUAUUACCCAGGAAUCGUGACCUGUGACUCUGUCACCUACAAUAACAGCAACUUACCAGCCUACUUUUUUAAAGAGCUUCCAAAGAAAGUUAUGAAGGGUGUUGCAGAUUCUGGACCAGUCUAUCAGUGUUUGGGCCUUAAUGAGAAAGUCAUGUUUGGUAUGGCGUACCUCAUCUGCAACAGAAAUGAGGGUUACCCUUUGCUGGGACGUGAUAAGGAGAUCAAAUACUUCAUGUGUACUAUGAAGGAAUAUUUGAUGUCUAACUGUAGCCGAGUUCUAAUGUAUGAAGGAUUACCAGGAUAUGGAAAAAGCCAGAUACUUAUGGAAAUAGAUUACCUGGCCCAAGGUGAGAACCACAGGACUAUUGCUAUUGCUUUGACUAAGAUCAGCUACCAUCAAAAUUUUUAUACCAUCCAGAUACUCAUGGCCAAUGUACUAGGUCUGGAUACUUGUAAACAUUAUAAAGAACGGCAGUCCAACCUUCAAAAUAAAGUCAGCACACUGUUGGAUGAAAAGUUCCACUGUCUUCUCAAUGACAUUUUCCAUGUCCAGUUUCCUAUUUCACGGGAGGCUUCCAGGAUGAGCUCCUCAAGAAAGCAAAGGCAAUUGGAAGCAUUGUUUAUGAAGAUCUUGGAGCAAACAGUGAAAGAGGAAAGGAUUAUUUUCAUCAUUGAUGAGGCCCAGUUUGUGGAUUCAGCCUCCUGGGCCUUUAUGGAGAAGUUGAUCCGUACUGUCCCUAUCUUCAUCAUCAUGUCCCUGUCUCCCUUCACGGAUGUGCCCUGUAUACAUGCCAGUUCUAUAAUGAAGAACAGAAACACCACCUAUGUCACCCUUGGUGCAGUACAGCCUAAAGACAUCCUCAACAAGAUAUGUCUUGACCUCAAUGUGAGCGGUAUCCGCAAAGAACUGGACUCGUACCUGGUAGAGGGAAGCUGUGGGAUUCCAUUUUACUGUGAAGAAUUGCUAAAAGACCUCGACCAUCAUAGGGUACUCAUUUUCCAACCGAUGGAGUCUGAGGAAAAGGCAAAUGUGAACUGGAAUAACCUGUUCAAGAAUUUCACUAAGCCAACAGAAGAAUUAAAUAUGCUUGUUCCCAGUAGUGAGGAGGGAAAUGAAGAAGUUUGUAACAUCGCUGGUGGUGUUAGAUUGAAAAACUUGUCACCCCCAGCAUCAUUAAAAGAAAUCUCUUUGGUCCAGCUGGACAGCAUGAGCCUUUCCCACCAAAUGUUGGUGAGAUGUGCGGCUAUUAUUGGCCAGACCUUCACCACAGAGUUGUUGUUUGAGAUCCUCCCUUGUUGGAACAUGAAGAUGAUGAUCAAGGCCCUGGCAACCCUAGUGGAAUCCAACAUCUUUGAUUGUUUCCGGAAUGGCAAGGAGCUCCGGAUGGCUUUGAAACAGCACGCAGCCUCAUUUGAGGUGCAUUUUCGCUCCCUGUCUCUGAAGCCCAGUGAAGGAAUGGCUCUUGGUGAAGAGGAAGAACUUCGAGAACUAGAAAGCGAGGUGAUUGAGUGCCACAUCAUUCGAUUCUGCAAGCCUAUGAUGCAGAAAACAGCCUAUGAGCUAUGGCUGAAGGACCAGAAGAAAGCCAUGCACUUGAAAUGUGCCCGUUUUCUAGAAGAAAAUGCUCACAAAUGUGACCACUGCAGAAGUGGGGACUUCAUUCCUUACCACCACUUCACAGUGGACAUUCGACUCAACACUUUGGACGUGGAUACCAUUAAGAAGAUGGCUAAGGCCCAUGGAAUUAAAACUGAAGAAGAGAUCACCUUUUCCAAAUCAGAGAUUCCUAAGAAAUCUAACAUAUUUCCUGAUGAUCUCAGUUCUGAAGAAAUAAGAGAAAAGAUCUUGGGUUUCUUUGACAUCAUUAUAACAAAAAUGAAGACAACUGAGGAAGACAUCAUCCCCCUGGAAUCCUGCCAGUGUGAGGAGAUCUUGGAGAUUGUCAUCUUGCCUCUGGCCUACCACUUUCUGGCUCUGGGGGAAAACAACAAAGCCUUAUAUUACUUCCUAGAAAUUGCAUCUGCUUAUCUCAUCUUGAAUGAUAACUAUAUGGCAUACAUGUAUUUGAAUGAGGGAGAGAGGAUGCUGAAAACUCUCAGGAAGCAAAAAUCUUGGAGUCAAACUUUUGAGUCUGCCACCUUUUUUAGCCUUAAAGGUCAGGUCUGUUUCAACAUGGGCCACAUGGUACUUGCCAAGAAAAUGCUGAGGAAGGCACUGAAGCUCCUCAACAGAGUCUUUCCUUACACUUUAUUCUCUCUGUUUCUCCAUACCCACAUCGAGAAAAACAGACACUUUCAUUAUUUGAAUCAGCAGACCCAAGAGAGCCCACCUCAUGGGAAGAAGAGGUUGGCACAACUUUACCGGCAAACUGCCUGCUUCUCCUUGCUAUGGAAGAUUUAUAGCUCAAAUUAUUUUUUUCACUACAAGUAUUAUGCCCACCUAGCCGCUAUGAUGCAAGUGAAUACUGCACUGGAAACUCAAGAUAAUUUCCAGAUCAUUAAGGCGUACCUGGACUAUUCACUGCACCAUCAGCUGGCUGGCUACCAAGGCAUAUGGUUCAAGUACGAAAUCAUGGCCAUGGAGCAGAUCUUCAACCUCCCCCUGAAAGGCGAGGGCAUUGAAAUCGUGGCAUAUGUGGCCGAAACACUGAGCAACGUCAAGCUCCUGAUGGGUCAUCUUGACUUGGCCAUUGAUUUAGGCUCCCGAGCCCACAAGAUGUGGGCACUGCUCCGAAAUCCCAGCAAACACUAUCUGGUCCUCUGCAGACUUAGUAAAUCUCUCCUCUUGAAAUGCAGAUAUAAGCAAUUGAUCCAGGUGCUGGGGUGGCUGUGGGAUCUUUCUGUAGCAGAGGAGCACAUCUUUAGCAAGGCAUAUUUCUAUUUUGUCUGCCUGGACAUCAUGCUUUAUUGUGGCUUUGUUUAUAGGACAUUUGAAGAAUGUUUGAAUUUCAUAUACCAAAAUGAAGACAACAGAAUCCUCAAGUUCCAAAGUGGCAUCUUGCUGGGACUUUACUCGUGUGGAGCGAUCUGGUAUGCUAGGCUUCAAGAAUGGGACAAUUUUAAAAUAUUUUCCAAUAGAGCUAAAACUCUAGUGCCGAGAAGAACCCCGACCCCUCUUUACUGUGAAGGAAUCAGUAGGUACCUGGAGGGACAAGUUCUCUACCUUCAAAAGCAAAUUGAAGAACAAGCUGAGAAUGCCCAGGACAGUGGAGUUGAGCUACUGAAGAACUUGGAGAGUCUUUUGGCUCAAAAUACCACUGGCCCUGUCUUCUACCCGAGGCUCUACCACCUGAUGGCCUAUGUCUGUAUACUCAUGGGGGAUGGGGAGAACUGUGACUUCUUCCUGAACACAGCCCUACAGAUCUCUGAAGCCCAUGGGAAUCUGCUGGAGAAAUGCUGGCUGAACAUGAGCAAAGAAUGGUGGUACUCGAGCUCUGAGUCAGCAGAAGACCAGUGGCUGCAAACAAUCUUGAGUCUCCCCUCAUGGAAAAAAAUCGUAUCAGGCAAGGUUAAUAUACAGGACAUUCAUAAAAACAAAUUCCUGAUGAGAGUCAAUAUCUUGGACAACCCUUUCUAA